ACACACGUCGAUGAGAUCCGGCCCCUUCUCCAGCUACUCCGACAGACCACGUGGUUUCCUCUUUGCAAACAAAAAAAUUAGUAAAUUCGAGUCGCUGUAGAGGCGGUGCCGUCGCCAGGCAGUAGGAUCUGUAUGACAGUGCAAGGGUACAGCUCUACGCUGAGGGGCAGAUAGAGAGAAAGAGAAAAGAAAUUCUCGCGAUCCCGCCAUACUUCUCUACCACUAUUCCACCAUAACCACCAUCACAUUAAUACAGAGCAAUACCGUUUGCUACACGGUGCAGGAAAUUCGCCAGGAUUGCUACAAUCAAGGAUUCUCCACUCGCCGCCGGACUUCAUCGGACUGCAACGUUAGUGUUAGGCGAACUUUCCCCGUAUUAUUUUAAGAUUCUUCCUCGGAAUUCUUUCGUUUUCAGUUGCAACUCGUUGUAAUUUACACGUGCUUUUCAUUUUUUAGCAGGCUCAAUAUAUAUUUUGGACAGAUAGCCCCCCUGUUUGUAGAAAAGUUUUUUUUUUUUUUUUUUUUUUUUUUUUAAGUUCUGAUUUUUUUUUUUUUUUUUUAAAAACGGGGGAAAGCAUUGAAUUUUUUUCCACAAUGAACAAGCUAUAUAUUGGAAAUCUGAAUGAAAAUGUGACCGCAGAGGACUUGGUUAAAACCUUUGAAGACUACAAGAUUCCUUACUCUGGGCAGUUUCUAGUGAAAACGGGAUACGCGUUUGUUGAUUGCCCGGACGACCAAUGGGCUAUGAAAGCAAUUGAAACAUUUUCUGGUAAAGUGGAACUUCACGGCAAACGAAUUGAAGUAGAACAUUCUGUCCCUAAGAAACAAAGGACCAGGAAACUCCAGAUUAGAAACAUUCCACCGCAUUUACAAUGGGAGGUGCUUGAUGGUCUACUUGCACAGUAUGGAACUGUUGAGAACUGUGAACAAGUUAACACAGAAAGUGAGACAGCUGUGGUGAACGUCACUUAUGCGACUCGGGAGCAGGCCAGACAAGCAAUCCAAAAGCUGAAUGGCUACCAGUUUGAGAACAACACUUUGCGCGUGUCCUACAUACCUGACGAGAGCUUGGAUGUUGACUCCCAGCGCAGCCCUGACAAUGGUCGGCGCUCUGGAUACGGUGCCCGUGUCAACUCCAGGCAGGGUGCCCCUGGCACAGGGAUGCCCUCCAAGCAUCAGCACACUGAUAUACCUCUCCGUUUGCUUGUACCAACCCAGUACGUGGGCGCCAUCAUCGGCAAAGAGGGUGCCACCAUCCGCAACAUCACCAAGCAGACUCAGAGCAAGAUUGAUGUCCACCGUAAAGAGAAUGCUGGGGCUGCAGAAAAGCCCAUCAGCAUCCACUCGACUCCCGAGGGCUGCUCGGCGGCCUGCCGCAUGAUCCUUGACAUCAUGCACCAGGAAGCCAAAGACACCAAAACUGCUGAUGAGGUGCCUCUGAAGAUUCUUGCCCACAACAACUUUGUAGGUCGUCUGAUCGGCAAAGAGGGGCGCAAUUUGAAAAAAGUGGAACAAGACACUGACACUAAGAUCACCAUCUCACCGCUGCAAGAUCUGACCCUGUAUAACCCUGAGAGAACCAUCACAGUGAAAGGUGCCAUUGAGGCCUGCUGCCUGGCCGAGCAGGAAAUCAUGAAGAAAGUGCGAGAGGCCUAUGAUAAUGACAUCGCUGCCAUGAAUCAACAGACGCACCUCAUCCCUGGACUGAACCUUGGAGCGCUUGGUCUUUUCCCUCCAUCCUCCUCCAUGCCUCCUCCUCCCCCUGGAAACCCUGGGGUUUGUCCCCCAUAUGGCUCCUUUGGGGCUCCUGAGCAGGAGACAGUCCAUGUGUACAUCCCAGCACAAGCAGUGGGAGCCAUCAUCGGCAAGAAGGGCCAGCACAUUAAGCAGCUGAGCCGCUUUGCUGGAGCCUCCAUUAAGAUUGCACCAGCGGAGACACCUGAUUCAAAGAUGCGCAUGGUCAUUGUUACUGGUCCACCUGAGGCCCAGUUUAAGGCUCAGGGAAGAAUAUAUGGCAAGCUGAAGGAGGAGAACUUCUUUGGGCCGAAGGAAGAAGUGAAGCUGGAGACGCACAUCAAAGUAGCAGCAGCAGCUGCUGGCAGAGUUAUUGGGAAGGGUGGAAAGACGGUGAACGAGCUACAGAACCUAACUGCAGCUGAGGUGGUGGUUCCUAGAGAGCAGACUCCUGAUGAGCAGGACCAGGUUAUUGUCAAAAUCAUCGGCCACUUUUAUGCAAGUCAGCUGGCCCAGAGGAAGAUCAGAGACAUUUUGACACAAGUUAAGCAGCAGCAGAAAGGUGGCAUGGGAGGCUCUCAGGCAUCUCACCCACAGAACCUGUCAGAGCUUGGGCCCCACCAGGGAAUGACCCAAGAGCCUAGGAGGAAGUAACGGGCUCCAGCCCAAAACUGGACGGACAGACGGAUGGACAGACAGAGGAGAAACAGCGGACUGACUGAGAGAGAGCGACACACAGACCCAGCGGUAGACAGGGAGAAAUGAGCAUUUAACAAAGAGGGGAAUAAAAAGGAAAUAAAAAUGCCUGAGAGAGUACAAAAGUUUAGAGAAAAGAAACUAGAACUUUGAGUGAUGUAAAAAUAGAAAAAAAAAAGAAAAGAGAGAGAGAACUAGGAAACAGAGACCAGAUGCCAGGUCGACUGACUGGAGAUGGCAGGGACUCCUUGUGGCAGCUUAUGAAAUAAUCAUGGCUACAUGGCCUUGAGAGUCCUGAGAGAAGCUCUCACGAAUUGUAUCACGCUUAGGGUACCCCUGCCAUCACCAGUCACUCAAGUAUUUUAAGGGUGUUUUUUUAAGAAGAGCUAUAUGUAUAGAAAUGUUUAUUCAGAGGUAUUAUAAUGAAAUGCAGUGAGGCAGAGGUGGGGAGAGGGGAGCAGAGAACCCAUCACAUCGAGUCAAUAAAGUGGCUCAUCCUUUGCCUACGGGAAAUUACGGGAGGGGCCAUAGCUGUUAACACUGCUCUUUAAGUCCCUGGCAGUAAACUGUUGGGGGUAAGGACAAAUAAAGAAGAAGAAAAAUGAGGUUGUAAAUAUAAUCUUCAUGAAUUUGUAUUGAAGCACUGUUGAAGCACAGUGAGGGUACAGUAAGUGGGCGGGCCGAGGCUGACCCUGCAGUUCUAUUGCAGAGGCUCAGCUCCGAGACGUAAACUUCACCUCCAGCCCUGAACUACGCCCGUGACGCUUGGCGGUGCGUGGCCCACACCCAAAUGGCAUAUUUUAUAUAUAUUAUAUAUAUAUGAUAUGUGAGUUAACCUGGCCCCUCAGAGAGCAGAGAAAACGGCAGUGGAAAGGGAAUGUGGCACUGGGAUCAGACCAUCUUUCACAGAUAUUUUGAGAUAUUUAAAAUUAGCUUUCAGUAUCUGGGUUUUGCUGUAUGUUUUUAACCAAGAUUUAACUGAAAGCCAAUGAGAGAGCACUGAGCUGCUGAGUUCUCAUAAAAAAAAAAAAAAAUCUGACUUUUCGUGCGUCGGAAAGAUGGAAUGGGAUUAAAUUAUCAUCCAAAUAAUACAAAUUUGACUUUGACAGCAGGAGCCAAUCUUCGAUCAGUCCUGUUAACUUGAAGGCCUUUGAUUUAAGAUCACAUGAAAGAUGCAGCCUCCCAUGGCCCAGCUCUCCACCUGCCUUUAGGUCAGAGGUCAACAGCAGGUGAUGUUAAAAUGGCUUCUGCGCUCUCUCUCUCUCCCCUACUCCAUUCGAUGUAUGCUGAUGAGGAGGCCAGAAAGCUGGCUUUCUUCACUCAUCUUCGAACAGAUUAGAUAGAAAAAAAUAGAAACCUACCUCAGGGUAUUGUUACCUCAGUAUUCCUAACGGCUUUUUUUUCUUUUCCUUUUUUUUUUUUUUUUUGGCUUGCUGGUGUUUUAUAUAAAAGCUGAUAGUCCUGAAUAUUUUAUUUUUUUAAGGAAGAAAUAUUUUUAGUUAUUGUUGGAUAUUUUUUUUUCUUCCCCCUAGUUUUCGCGUGUAUGUGUGUGUAUGGAUGGCACCCCCCACCUUUCCACAUUUAAUUUCAAAAAGAUCCAUAUAGGCAAGAGGCAUGAAUUUCCUGGUAUUUGCUGAAUCAGUGCUAGCAGGUUCUUCACAGUUGUCUUUGGACCUAUAUCCAACUGAAUUUGAAGUGUUUGGCUUUUUGUGUAGUGGUGCGACACAGUCAUGGCAUUUUAUCACCUGACUCAAACGAGCAUGAACAGCUUACAAAUGUUUGACAUACUGGCUUUUAUUAAUAUCUGAAAGUGGCUCUGGCUGAAGAUGAGUUGCACCUCUAUCUGGCUCUAUUUCAUUGGUUUCUCCAGCAGUGUUGCAAUGAAUGUUAUGCACUGAAGGCCUGGAGUCUGCCUCGGUUGCCAGGUUUGUGCCAUGACUGUAUGGUGAGAAGCAGCCCAGUAGCAUCUCAGUAAAUACAUCGAAUUAUAUAUCAAGUUUAGGUUCAGCAUAGUACUUACUUAUCAUCCUAUAUGUCCGUAUGAUGGGAUGCGUGUUUUUGUUUUUUGUUUUUUUUUUUUCUAAAAAAAAAAAAAAAAAAAAAAAAAAAAGAAAGAAAAGGAAAACAGUUUAAGUGUAUAGUUUUUUUGUUGAGGAAAAGUGGUCUGGGUGUUAUAAAAGACAGAAAAAAAAACAUCCUAUCCUAUGGUCUCAGUUAAAUAUUUUUUUAACUGAAUGAGAAUACUUUGGAAAAUGGGAGCGAAAAAUGAAGAAAGCAGUCACUUCACAGCAGAGACAGAUUUAACCUGUAUAUAAAUCACUAAAAAAAAAAUAAGCAACUGAAAAUUUUUGUAUUUUUAGAAUAAAAAAAAAGACACAUGGACAAAGCUGGGCAAUAUGUAGCGAUUUAAAGGCGAAAGAUCUGUAGAUACUGCCAGAAUCCUUUUUCGAUGAGUACACAUUCCACCUGCGCAUGGUUAGAUGGCGCUUUUUGUGUGCUCGUUUUCACUCACAGGUUGAAAUCGUUGCUUUUUUUUAACGCUUCCCUUUUUCUCAGUAGACAGCAUUCUGCUGGGGUAGAAUUGGUUCGGGUUGCAUUGAUGUGGAAAAUUUUCUCCUCCUCAGGUGGGAAGAAGUCUGUCUCUCUCUCUAGCCUGUAGAUUUCUGUCAGACCCUAAGACACACACACCACUUUAGAUAUGUUCAGACUGCAGCCUUUUGUUUAACAGCAAGCUUUAUUUGGACAUGACAUCUGGUUGUGUACUGUUUCAUCAGUUUUAGACAAAACAACAAAAAAAAAGGAACAUAACUGAAAAAUCUCUAGGAUCUUUGAAAACUGGGGAAAUAUGGAGUCAAGCUGUUCAAUUUUAAAUUGGAAUGUAAGUUGUAAAAGAGUUGAGAGGAAGAUGGGCCGACUUUUUUUUUUUUUCUUUUUUCUUUUUUAAAUAAAGGUAGACAUUUAUGAAAGCUAACUUAAACAGAGUUUAGGCUUUGUUAUAUUCUCACAGAUUUGCUGGAUCUUAAUUCUAGGUCACUAAAAUGAGUAGUCAUGCAGUGCUGCCGAACGUAUGAUGAAUACUACACUCAUCUCCCUCCUCUCCUUUUCACUUAUUUUGUCCUCCAUCUAUUUCUCCUUUCAUCCUUGUACACAGCUCGCAAUUUGUUUUUCCUUUACUCACAUUAUUUGCUACAUAUGAUUGACAUUUUGUUGUUUGGGUUUGGUAUAGACCUUCACCCUCUCUCACGCUGGCCUUGUUUGUGUCUGUUUUCUCAGUUCUGUUCAGUCGUUUGACCCUUGCUUUCAGUUUUUAUUUUUUCCCCCCCAAAAUUUGGUAUUGCCUUCAAUUGGAUCAGUUAUUUUCUCUGUUUCUCUCUCUCCAUCUCUCUCUCUCUCGAUCAGGUUUCUUUAGAAAAGCACAGAGAUCUCUUUUACUGCUAUUAGAUCAUUUAAAAUACUAACCAGUCACUCGUAAUGCAGUUAACACCUGUGCCAAACAGAUUUUUUUUAUUUACUCCGUUAAGACCCGAUCUAGGUUGUUCACGCUGUUCUAGGUGUAGUGUGAAGACUAAUAACUUCCACUUCAGCACUCGCUCUGUUUAAGAAAGAAAAAAUACAAAAUGCCACCCCAACCUGUAUACUACAAGUUUCAGGAACACAACUGCAUGUUUUUUGUGAUUCUUAUGCAAUUCCUUCACAAGGACUGUUAAUACUCUGGAAAUCAUAGAAAUAUAAAAAGGAUAAAAAGUCUAUCCAUUUCAGUGCACAGAUUUACACAUAGGCAACAGAUCUAACCUCAUUCUAGGCAGGUGUAGCAGACAGACAGAUGCGCACCACAGGAAUUUCAUCCUGCUAGUUUCUGGCCUUCGCUCAAAGAAACCAUUUGGGUGCUAAUGACGAAUUAAACCUCACAUAACUAGGAAACGCUACCUCAAGACUUAGCCAUAAGAUUGUUUUAUCAACCUGACAAGAGCGAAAGUGCAUGUUACUUUUUCACUUUAAUUUCUUUAAUUUAUUAUUUUUUUUUCCUUUUGCUUCUCAUUUUUUUUUUUUUCCAGUCACUCUUUAUUUUAGAGUUGAGGCCGUGAUAGAGGGAAGGGAGGUGAGGAUUUGGUGAGCAGAGAUGAUCUGGGUGUUUGGUGUUGGGAGGACUUGGUUUGUAGACAAGCAGUGAAGGAUCAGGAACAUGGAGAACCCUCUAGUUUAAAUUACACAUAGUGUCACUACUCGGUCGUUUCUUGAGAGCACGUCAAAGUGUGAAGCAUUGUCUUCACUCAUGAUAUGUAAAUACCCACUAAAGAGAAGUGCUCAAUAACCCUCAAACACAUUACGCUACCUCCUGAUUCUGCUUAUUUUCGACCUCCCAUUAAACCAGUGCUCCGUACAGUCACAGAGUUCCCUUAGUUGUGUUGAUAAAGUUACUCGGAGAUCUGUACUGGUGUUUCUUUUGUAAUGACUGACGUUGGAUGUGACCGAGUCCCAGAUCAGCAUCAAGGGAAACUGGAGUCCCUCUCAUCCUCAGCUUUCCACCCCACAGUCCUUCCUUUUCAUUUUAUCUUCUUCAAUCAAGGAGCACGAUACCUAUAUUCAAGUAACUUUUUUUUGUUGAUCUACCUCUUAGAGAACAAAUGAAUAAAUAGGACAAAUGUAAAAUGGGGAAAAAGGACACAAAAAAGUAAAAAAAAAAAAAAAAAAAAGUUUUGAAAAAGUCUCAAAUGAAAAAUAAGUAAUAAAAUAAUUAAUGAUGUAAACAACUGGGUAGAAGCAUCUCCAUAUACUGUAGUGAAUAGUGUAUUAAAAAAAAGAAUACUUUUUCUUCCAAAGAUGAUUUUUGUUUUCGCCAUUGUUUAGACCAUUAUUCAAGAUUGAUUGUUAAAUAAAAAUAAA